CAUCAACCAAAAAAGACAAGUAGAAAUCCAACAACAUCGAUAUCGUCAUCACCUCUGCCGAUGAGAAAGAUUGAGACUUAAGCAUUCAGAGAAUAAGUCCUCCACCAAAAUGCCCUUGAUACUCUUUAUUAUUGACAGGGAGACCGGUGCAAGUUCCCAAAUCAAAAGCUUUAGAAAAUAUUGUGAGAAGUGGAAUCAGAAGAUACACGGGAAGACAGCCAAUGUCUGCAUCACAAAUGAAUGUAAGACCUCCCAAACGUGUAUAUUCUGACUUUCGCCUUUAACCAGCCCAAGGAUUUCUGGAAAGAAGGAAAGUUACAAAGUCAAUAAAGGUACCUUACUUUGUAUAAAUCCUAACUGCAUAAUUUUCAAGAAUCGAUGUGCAGGUAAGCCGAGAGAUGCCCUUUAGCUCUCGUGAUUGCACUCGUAAGCCUAAGCUCUGUUAUGUUUGGUGCCACGCCCUCUCAUUUUUACAACAUCAGCCAGAUAACCGCCCGAAAUUAUACAAAAACAACAUCUGGCUUCUGUUCACGAAGAGGCGAUUUGGGAGCUGCGUUGGAGCUCUUGACUGUCAAUGUUCCGUGGGGAAAUAAUGACACUCUUCACUAACAAAGAAUUGAACGAUGACCCUUUGGUGAACGCCUAAAGCAUCAGUUUUAUUUAUAUAUUUUUUAAAAAAAAGCCCUAAUUAAAAACCAACGC